AUGAAUGUAAAUAUACGAAAAGAUUUGCAGACACGUUUCAAUUCUACUAGUAAUACACGUUUACGACUGUUUAUCAUAUCUACUAAAGCUGGCGGAUUGGGUAUCAAUCUAGUCUCCGCAAAUCGUCUUAUUCUUCUUGACGCAUCUUGGAAUCCAAGUCAUGAUAUUCAGUCAAUAUUUAGAAGUUAUCGUUUUGGUCAAAGCAAACCUGUUUAUAUUUAUCGUCUUAUUGCAAAAGGGACAAUGGAAGAAAAAAUUUAUGAUCGACAGGUAACUAAACAGUCUUUAUCUCUUCGAGUAAUCGAUGAACUACAAAUCGGUCGACAUUUUUCAGAUUCUGAUUUACAAGAACUAUUUACUUUUGAACCAGAUAUAUGGAAUCCUAAUGGAAAUGAUAAACGUCCUACACCAAUAUUACCUAAAGAUCGUUUAUUAGCUGAUAUGCUUACAGAAUAUCCACAUUUAAUUGUGACUUAUCAUAAUCAUGAUUCCUUAUUAGAGCAUAGAGAAGAUGAAGGUCUUACAGAAUCAGAACGUCAAGAAGCAUGGAGAGAGUUUGAAGAAGAGAAACGAUUAGGUAUAUCAUUAGCUCAAUAUCAACGUUUAUUGUUACAACAGGAGUGGAUAGCACAACAUCAACAACAAUUUCAACAACAACAACAGCAACAAAAUCAAUUUCACUUGCAACAACGUUUGGUUUUACCGAAUUUUGUCAGUCCCAACUUUCGCUUCUCAAUGAUUCCAUCAUUAAAUAACGAAGAGACAAUUGUUAUUAACGAUGAUAACAAUAAUAAUAGUAACAUACAUCUCUUUCAAACAUCGACAUUCACUGACAAUACAGUGAACAUUUCAAAUACUGGCAUGAAUAUCAUUGAUAAUAAUAGUAGUAGUAUACCUGUCACUAAAUCAACAGAAAAUACUUUAACUAUAACCAAUGUUGGUAGUGGUAGUACUGAGGAUAUGCAAACCGUUCUACCACAAGCGAUUCAUAGCAAUGUUAGCAAUAAUGCUAUUGGAAGUUCAUUAAUCACUACCAAUCCGUCUAGAUCUCAAGCACGCUAUGUGGCAUCACCGAUUACCAAUAUGCUAAGUAAUCCUUAUGGUGCAAUGUAUUCAGAAGUUCGUCGUCAUGUUAUGCUUAAAGAUCCUAGUUUAGCUUCAAAUCCUGAGAAAUUAGAUAAAAUUACAAUGAAUCGUUUAUUAAAUGCUUUAUCUACUCCAGUUUUAGUCAGUUCGAAUGAUGCACGCAAUCAAAAUACCACUUUCCCAUUACGUAAUAAAACACAAGCUUAUCCUCAGUCGAAAAAUUAA